CUUGUCAAUCUUGUCAUGUCAAUUAUGUUUUUGUGGUUAUGUUCUAUGAUUACACACGUUGGAUGAUGUAAAUUGGUUCAAUUUUGUUUAAAUAAAAUAUAUUAAAUUAAUUAAGUCGACUAUAUUUAAAAGGUUGUAUUUAUUAGGUGUCUACCGAGUUUCAUUUUAUUGAUAUAAUCAAUUUUGUUCCGAGUAACAACUACUUUUAGAAUUUGUGAUAGGAAAUAUAAAUAAAUUUCAUUGCAAAUUGGUCAAAAUAAGAGGUUCCAAAAUUUCAGACCAAAAUGGAAAAAUUCAACUCAAACGAGAACUGGGAUUGUUCUCGGCCGUUAAUUUCAUUUUAGCGGUUAUGAUUGGAUCUGGGAUAUUCGUAUCUCCAGCAUCCGCUCUAAAAUACUCCGGUUCGGUUGGAAUGUGUAUAGUCGUUUGGGCAUCAUGUGGAGUGAUAUCGUUAUUAGGAGCAUUGGCGUAUUCAGAACUAGGAACGUUGGUGCCUCGUUCUGGAUCCGAAUAUGCAUAUUUCAUCGAUUCGUUUGGACCUCUACACAAAUUUUGGGGACAUCUUCCGGCGUUCAUAUACUCUUGGAUCAUGAUUAUGGUCAUAAGACCCGCCGAAAUUGCCGUUCUGACGUUAACUUUUUCGCAAUAUUUCUGCGAACCAAUUCUCGAUGCCUUGUGCGUUCAAAACAAUCCGGAUGUCAAAGAAAAUGUGAUUAAAAUUGUUGCCCUUAUUGCCUUAGGAAUCACAACAUAUAUAAAUGUGAGCAGUGUGAAAUUGUACAUUAAAGUACAAAAUAUUUUUGGCUCAUGCAAAGUUGUGGCAUGUCUCAUUGUGAUAUGUGGAGGAAUUUAUCAAAUAGCCGCUGGUAAUACUAAAAAUUUAUCAAGAGGAUUUGAAGAUACAACUACAUCGCCUAGAGAUUUCGCUAUGGCCUUUUACAGUGGUUUGUGGGCAUAUGAUGGUUGGUCAUCGGUAACCGUUAUAACAGAAGAACUGAAAAAUCCUGAAGUCAAUAUUCCAAGAAGCAUUUUUAUUGCUGUGCCUUUAGUAACAAUUUUAUACAUUUUAAUGAAUGUUUCUUAUAUGACAGUUUUGACGUAUAGCGAAAUGAUUAGUGCUCCAGCUGUUGCGGUCACCUUUGGAGACAGAAUUUUGGGGCCGUUUUCCAUAAUUAUUCCUAUAGGUGUCGCUCUAAGCACUUUCGGCUGCGCCCUCAGCUUGCAGUUCGGUGUAACACGGUUAUGUUAUGUUUCUGGACAAGAUGGAUUUAUGUUGGAAAGCUUAUCAUUUGUACAUUAUAAAAAAAUGACACCAGCGCCUGCUGUUUUACUCCAAGGUGCUAUAUCAUUCUUAUUUAUUUCUACUGGAGAAAUACUGGAACUAAUUGAAUUUGCUAGUUUUCUGAUAUGGUUUUUUUACGGUGUUGCUAUGGUUUCUUUAAUAGUGAUGAGGAAGACCAUGAAAGACAUUAAAAGACCUUACAAGGUGCCACUAUUUAUACCGAUAUUUAUUUUGCUAGUUGCUUUAUAUUUAAGCAUCACUCCAAUCGUUUUGGAUCCAACACCGAAAUAUUUGCUAGCCCUUGGAUUUAUGAUGUUAGGAGUGUUGAUUUAUUAUUGGUGCAUUUAUAAACGCAAACGACCAACUUCUUUUAUGAAAACAAUCACCUACUAUGUUCAGAUACUUUUUCAAGUCGUACCACCUGAAAAAAGUUAAAUGUUAAAUAACAAACGAGCUAUUUCAGAAACAAAAAUUACUGUGGAUUUUUAAGACUUGAAUGAAUCAAUUGUACCAUGACAUCAGACGUAUUGCUUGAUAUCCCGAACAGGAAUUUUGUAGAUAUUUACAAAUUUAUAUUUUAUAAUUCAUUUUUAGCUUAAUUUUACAUUUUUUCUGUAUGUAUUUUUGCUUAAUGUACCUGAAAAAGUUUUACCAAUUAUUAAUGUGGACGGUCAGAUUUUAAAACCACAAAAAGAAAAUUUUGUGCAGUGCAUUUUCUCUGUAACUUAAAUAGAGAAGUGGUUUUGACAUCUGAUCAGAAUUUUCUGUCUUUAAAUUGUUUUCUCAUGAAAUUUUAAAACGUUAAAUACAGUCAUAAGAGCAGUG